CCUAUGGUUCAAGGAAUCAUCAAUGCUUUUAAGGUUAUCUAUAAAUCGAAUUUUCUGCGCCGUGUUCUGUUAGAAACUGACAGCGAUCGCCCAGUUACAGAAGUUAUCAAAUCAUUUAGCCUUUAUGAUGCUAUUCAACUAGCGACUGAUGCGUGGGCCACUGUAACUCCAGAAACGAUUGCUAACUGUUGGCGCAAUCUCUUAAGUCAAGAUCAAAACUAUAACUCGUUCAAGGAUUUCACAAUUUCUUCACCAACAAGUGACCCCCGCGUGUUGCUUUCUAAAGUAGUGCAACUCGUUGAUCCAAACUACGAACUGACCGAAGAAGAAGUUCAAGAGUGGCUAAGCAACUCAGACAACAUAGAUGUAGCGCAAAUAUAUACCGACGAGCAAUUGGCCAAGCCUCUGGUGGUGACUUUUUCGAGGCCGACCAUGAAGAGCAAGAUUGCGAUGCUAACGAAAGUGCUGAGGGUGAUCUUAGUACUUCGGUUAUAUGUACUCUUGGAGCAGUCAAUCCGAAAAACGCAAUGAUUAUAAGUAGGCUAUCAGCAUCAUGGAUGUACUCAAAAAUGUUCUUAUUGCUGUUGGUGAUGACCGUAAAUUAGUGGAAGCCGAAAAAUGAAAAAACGAAUAUGAAAAUGAAAUUAUUCGCCUUCUUGACGAAUAACAAUAGUGAAUUUUAAUUAAGUAUAUGGCAUGAUAACAAAAAUACAAAAUGAUUGA